UUGAGGUAGGAAUGUCGACGUUACUGUCACAAGUGCAGGAAAAGCUGCAGAACACAGAGAGCAGUAUGCGGUUCAUGCAGGCGGAACACGCGCAAACUCUCCACGGGCUCCACGACGAGAUUCACAAACUUCAAAACAAAUGCAGUGAGCUAACGUUUGAGCUACAUAUGUUGGGCGACGCAGCGGCUCCCUCUACUUCCACGUGCAACCAUGCUGUGGAGAUCAACAAGCUCAAGGCAGAGUACAACUCUGCAGUACGAGAACUUCACUCCGAAAACAGCCGGCUAGAUAGUUUGGGAGGGGAACGGCUUUCAAAGAUCAAACUUUUGCAGUUCCAGUUAAAAUCGACGAAAGCAGAUUUGACGGAGAGUUUACAGAAAAAGGACGUUUUGAUUCAUUCCCUCCGGUCAGACUUGGAGAGUAAAAGUGAUCAGUUAGCGUACCUCAUGUCCAAGAUACACAAUGCCAAGCUAAUACAAAUGAAAGUGAAUACUAACCCAGAUGAAUCAGGAAAGAGGUUCACCCCUACACCGCCCCCACUGCGACGAGGUAGCCCUCGUCCCGGCUCCAGACACCACUCAAUAGACUUCUCCAAAACCAUCAUCAGCGACCCAAUCACAUCUGCAGCAGCAGAAAUCCUCGGUGACCAUGACCAGAAUACCGUAUUAGUGAAUCAGAGUGUUCCACUGCCUGCAAUCGGCGACCGUACCGCCACAAAAUCAUUUCUUUCUAAAAUGAAGUUCAACAGACGACGGACCGGCUCCUCAAAGCCGAUCGUGCCAACUAUUCCCCCUAACAAAGCUAUGUGAGCAUUCCUGCACGGGUGUGCUCAAACGAACACUCCUGAAUUCUUUUAUCGUAAAUUCUUGUCGCGUCGACAUAUUCAGACUCCAGUCCAGACCCAAACAUUGACAAACCAACAUGUCAUUUUAUUGGAAACGAAGUUUCUUCACUACAGAUGGAUUUUAUCAUGCACGUGUAAAUAGUUGUUGUACAUUAUAGAUUGUAUUUUUUGUCUAAACUCUAAUUUAAUUGAUGUUUUUAUACACAUGUGAGUGGAAUUUCAAAUGCUUCCGGCGAAGAUGAGUUUUAUAACUUAGACUUAGAGUUUUCUUAAGAUUUCGUUACUUUAUCUGGAUGCGAGGUUACCAUUAAUGUAUUACUUACCCACAGGGUUAUUUAUUGAAUUUGGAGGGGGAAUUAUAAAUGCUGCGAAAUUAAGCGCAGAAUGAUGUGUUGCAUGUUUUCGUUGCAGAUGUUUUAUGUUCCUUAAAAUUCGUGUAUGCUUCGGCAGUUUGUUUAA